GUACCAUCAGAGCCCCUAUCAUGGUCCCUUUGUCCUUGACCAACAACAACAACAACAGCAGCAGCAGCAGCAACAGCAACAGCAACAACAUGUUGAUAUGGCCUAUCCCUCUUCCUCACUUCAUCAGCCACAAUUACAUAGCAUGUACGUGUACAGUCAUCACCACCCUUACCAUACCACAACAAAAGACGCACCCAUAGGUCAUCCUGCUGUUACGGCUGAUCACAGUUCACCUCAUCCUGUCACUACGAGUGCUACCACCACCACUACCACCACCACCGCCACCAUCACCACGACUCCUCAUCGUAACAAGAACCAUCAAAAGACUUCACCUCCUUAUUCUCAUUGUGAUACUUUUUAUUUUCAUCCUACGACUACUCAACAACAACAACAACAACAGCAACCACAGCGCACAGUAACUGCUUAUCAAGAAGGAAAUGGUUUUCUUGCGUAUGAUCCUUCUGCGUUCCCAGCGCCUUUCCGUCCUUCCAACAACUAAGUUCUUGCAACCUCGAUAAACUAUGACUCACUUUAGACUAUACGCACAGACAGACAGACAGACAGACAGAGAGACAGACAGCCACACGCACACAUUUUGUUAUUGAUAUGAAUAGGCUGGCAAAUCAUUGAUU